UUUGAUUUUCGAGCAGUUCAUCGACAGACGAACGAAAGAAAAAUACGGAAAGGACGUCGCGGAUUUCCGAUUUACAUUUUAUUAUUUUGUGGCCUCGAAAAUUAGCAAUCGAUCCAAUUAGUGAGGUCAGCAGGAACAGUCAUGUCCGCUGAAGACCAAGACAACGAUCUGAUCCGUAUCACCCACUACAUCAAUCCGCACAACUUUUGGUUCAAGCACGAAUCCGCCUAUCUCUUCAAUGCCGAAGAGCAGGAGUUCCAAAUGGAGCUGAUCGAGUUCUGCGAGACCACAUUCGGCCGGGGCAACAUCACGUCCGGUGUGUACAAACCGACCCAGAUAGGUGAACUGGUGGCCGUGUUCUACUUUCAGCUGGGCCGUUGGACGCGUGCCAAGAUCGAUGAAAUCCAGCAAGAUCUCAGUGGGGAAGUGAUGUGCAAUGUUUGGGCCAUCGACGAAGGUGUCCCCAUAAAGACAAGCUGCCGGUACAUCAAACCGUUGCCGGCCAGGUUCGGUAACAUGCCCAGCGCGGUGAAGCAUGGCGGCUUGAGGGGGGUUUUGCCAGCGGAAUCGAGUUACAAUUAUCUGGAGGGUCGUUCCGUGCACAAAAUGGUGGAGUCCUGGUGUUCCGGGGUGGUCCGUGUUUUCCAGAGUUUGAUCGAAGAUGCUGUGUCGAUGAAAUUUUGCGACCAGCGACGCUACCAGGCACAGGGCGUAGACAUGUACUUUGGAACACUGAAACUCACUUCCCACCAGAACGUGACCAAUAAUGCGGUGGAUUUGCUGAAGAAGGCUGGCGGCAAGAUGGUGAUGAUCGUCGAGGAAGACGAGUUCUACGAUAAAUUUCCGUUGCUGCGAACAUUGGACAUGCGUCGCUCCGAAGACAACGAGCAUCGCGAGAACAUGAAAUAUCACACCAACACAUUUCGGCCAGAGUACGCCUCCACAACGGGGGCAUUCGAAUCCGAGAGGAAACGCUUCCAAGACAAAUACCUCAUUGAACAGGCUCGCGAGAAAUUCGUCGAAUGGGACAAACGCAAUACGGCUUCGUCAACGGUGCAAAGCGGCAUUUUUUCCCUGGACGAUUAUUUGCCGAUGAGUUCGCAACAGCUCAAUAAGCCGCUUGUGUCUCCGUUGGUUACACCUUCGAUGCCACAGAGCAAACCACGACGACGCUACGAUCUAGAGUAUAAGACACUGGUUGACGAAUCCGGUUCCGAUUCAGAAUCGGAAGUUGUAGUUCCUCCGCAACGACGUCAUCCGCCCAAACCUAACAAACAGAGUAGUAAUUCCAAUUGUCGGAGCGAACAUCCUGUAGCUAGGCCACCCAACGGAGAAGUUUACGACAAAUCUCUAGCCGAUUUGGCCCCUGCCCUACACAAGAUUAAGCUACGGCGCCGCGCAGCUAUUCAGAAAGAGAUUGACGCCAACAACGCGUCCAACGCAAACGGCCAUCUACCGGCACUCAACAUAAUGCCAGCAGGGUUCAACCUAGGCAAUGUGCAAUUUGCCAACGGUAACAUAAUUCUGGGAAGCCAAGAGAUUGACGUUGCGGCUCGGAGCACUGUUUCCAGCCAAAAACCUCGCACGGUUUUAAGCAAUCAACGGCCCCGGCCGCAGAAACGGUACGACCAUCUGGACUCCUCAAUAGAGGAACGGAUGAUCCGCAAGGUGGACAUGGGCAGCGGAACCAAACCGGACGACGAUGAAGAAGAGGAACGCUGGUGAUGCGUACGGAGUCGGAUAUCACUCGAAGAUAGUAUUAGAGCUUGUUGAAAUUUACUGAUUUUUUUUUUAAAUAGAGGUUCCUAUUUCUUUGAUAACACAUAUGAAUUACCGUAAAUGUAAAAUGAAUUACCGCAGUUACAGUAUGAUCUGUUGAACAAUAAACAUCAUCAUUUCGGGGUAAUGUUUACCCAGCGAUCCUAU